AUGGCCUCUCAGCGUUGCCUCUCAGUAUGGCCUCUCAGCGUUGCCUCUCAGUAUGGCCUCUCAGCGUUGCCUCUCAGUAUGGCCUCUCAGCGUUGCCUCUCAGUAUGGCCUCUCAGCGUUGCCUCUCAGUAUGGCCUCUCAGCGUUGCCUCUCAGUAUGGCCUCUCAGCGUUGCCUCUCAGUAUGGCCUCUCAGCGUUGCCUCUCAGUAUGGCCUCUCAGCGUUGCCUCUCAGUAUGGCCUCUCAGCGUUGCCUCUCAGUAUGGCCUCUCAGCGUUGCCUCUCAGUAUGGCCUCUCAGCGUUGCCUCUCAGUAUGGCCUCUCAGCGUUGCCUCUCAGUAUGGCCUCUCAGCGUUGCCUCUCAGUAUGGCCUCUCAGCGUUGCCUCUCAGUAUGGCCUCUCAGCGUUGCCUCUCAGUAUGGCCUCUCAGCGUUGCCUCUCAGUAUGGCCUCUCAGCGUUGCCUCUCAGUAUGGCCUCUCAGCGUUGCCUCUCAGUAUGGCCUCUCAGCGCUGCCUCUCAGUAUGGCCUCUCAGCGUUGCCUCUCAGUAUGGCCUCUCAGCGUUGCCUCUCAGUAUGGCCUCUCAGCGUUGCCUCUCAGUAUGGCCUCUCAGCGUUGCCUCUCAGUAUGGCCUCUCAGCGUUGCCUCUCAGUAUGGCCUCUCAGCGUUGCCUCUCAGUAUGGCCUCUCAGCGUUGCCUCUCAGUAUGGCCUCUCAGCGUUGCCUCUCAGUAUGGCCUCUCAGCGUUGCCUCUCAGUAUGGCCUCUCAGCGUUGCCUCUCAGUAUGGCCUCUCAGCGUUGCCUCUCAGUAUGGCCUCUCAGCGUUGCCUCUCAGUAUGGCCUCUCAGCGUUGCCUCUCAGUAUGGCCUCUCAGCGUUGCCUCUCAGUAUGGCCUCUCAGCGUUGCCUCUCAGUAUGGCCUCUCAGCGUUGCCUCUCAGUAUGGCCUCUCAGCGUUGCCUCUCAGACGGGAAGCAAGAGGGUGGGAAGCAAGAGGGAGGGAAGCAGGAGGGAGGGAUGCAAGAGGAGUUGGGUGCCAUGGCACUGCCAGUGGUGUGUGGUAGUCAGCCUAUUGCCAGUGGUGUGUGGCAGUCAGCCUAUUGCCAGUGGUGUGUGGCAGUCAGCCUAUUGCCAGUGGUGUGUGGUAGUCAGCCUAUUGCUAGUGGUGUGUGGCAGUCAGCCUACUGCCAGUGGUGUGUGGCAGUCAGCCUAUUGCCAGUGGUGUGUGGCAGUCAGCCUAUUGCCAGUGGUGUGUGGCAGUCAACCUAUUGCCAGUGGUGUGUGGUAGUCAGCCUAUUGCCAGUGGUGUGUGGCAGUCAGCCUAUUGCCAGUGUCAGCCUAUUGCCAGUGGUGUGUGGCAGUCAGCCUAUUGCCAGUGGUGUGUGGCAGUCAGCCUAUUGCCAGUGGUGUGUGGCAGUCAGCCUAUUGCCAGUGGUGUGUGGCAGUCAGCCUAUUGCCAGUGGUGUGUGGCAGUCAGCCUAUUGCCAGUGGUGUGUGGCAGUCAGCCUAUUGCCAGUGGUGUGUGGUAGUCAGCCUAUUGCCGGUGGUGUGUGGCAGUCAGCCUAUUGCCAGUGGUGUGUGGCAGUCAGCCUAUUGCCAGUGGUGUGUGGCAGUCAGCCUAUUGCCUGUGGUGUGUGGCAGUCAGCCUAUUGCCAGUGGUGUGUGGAAGUCAGCCUAUUGCCAGUGGUGUGUGGCAGUCAGCCUAUUGCCAGUGGUGUGUGGCAGUCAGCCUAUUGCCAGUGGUGUGUGACAGUCAGCCUAUUGCCAGUGGUGUGUGGCAGUCAGCCUAUUGCCAGUGGUGUGUGGCAGUCAGCCUAUUGCCAGUGGUGUGUGGCAGUCAGCCUAUUGCCAGUGGUGUGUGGUAGUCAGCCUAUUGCCGGUGGUGUGUGGCAGUCAGCCUAUUGCCAGUGGUGUGUGGCAGUCAGCCUAUUGCCAGUGGUGUGUGGCAGUCAGCCUAUUGCCAGUGGUGUGUGGCAGUCAGCCUAUUGCCAGUGGUGUGUGGCAGUCAGCCUAUUGCCAGUGGUGUGUGGCAGUCAGCCUAUUGCCAGUGGUGUGUGGCAGUCAGCCUAUUGCCGGUGGUGUGUGGCAGUCAGCCUAUUGCCGGUGGUGUGUGGCAGUCAGCCUAUUGCCAGUGGUGUGUGGCAGUCAGCCUAUUGCCAGUGGUGUGUGGCAGUCAGCCUAUUGCCAGUGGUGUGUGGCAGUCAGCCUAUUGCCAGUGGUGUGUGGCAGUUAGCCUAUUGUCAGUGGUGUGUGGCAGUCAGCCUAUUGCCAGCGGUGUGUGGCAGUCAGCCUAUUGCCAGUGGUGUGUGGCAGUCAGCCUAUUGCCAGCGGUGUGUGGCAGUCAGCCUAUUGCCAGUGGUGUGUGGCAGUCAGCCUAUUGCCAGUGGUGUGUGGCACUCAGCCUACUGCCACUGGUGUGUGGCAGUCAGCCUACUGCCACUGGUGUGUGGGAGUCAGCCUACUGCCACUGGUGUGUGGCAGUCAGCCUACUGCCACUGGUGUGUGGCAGUCAGCCUACUGCCACUGGUGUGUGGCAGUCAGCCUACGAGACUCAAAAGUCCCCUCACUGCCAGUGGUGUGUGA